AUGGCCCAAGAGGCUUUUGAUGAACAAGACGACCUGAUGGCACUUGAAGAAGAAUUGACAGACUUUGGAGAAUCGGAUAUGGGUCUGUCAGACGGAAUCUACAUUUCUUCACCGAGAGUAUUCACGCCAAAAUCGCCAGAGGUCUACCAGAACCUUCACGUCGAUUUUGAGAGCCCAGGUGAUGCACUAGAUUCCAACGAAUUACUUCAAUUUUUCAAUCAUCCCGCAUCCGUCGAAUACAGAAAAGCAAUCCAAACAUUCAAUAUUACAGGUUACCAUGAAACAUACACCCAAAGCGCAAAUUGGACCGGUAUUACACAUCUCCUUGUCAAUCUUCCCAAUCUCUCCGUACUGCAUUGGAAAAUUUCUAAAGCUAUUUCCCCCGAGAUACUCUCCAAUCUCAGUGCAACGAAUCCAGAUAUCCGUAUUUACUUACACCGCCUUCCCCGCACGAGAGAUCCCGAACAAUAUUAUGACGAGGUUUCAGAGGAUUCCAUCGCCAUGACAAAUCGUCUACAAGAAGAUGCGCGUUCGAUCCUUGGUUCUCCAUUAUUAUAUUCCCUCGAUGCCGACAUUAUGCAUUCCUACUUUUCAAAUCCAGCUUCGAUGCGGAUUCUUUUCGAGAUUCUACGCUCUAAUCCGCCGAAUAUGCGGGAAUUGCAGUUGGGAUUUUCGUACCAUGGAUGCGAGUUUGGUAAUCAGGUUGAGGCGUUUCCUUUCCUUUCGAGCGAAUUCAAUACCGAUCAGGAAAAUAUGACAUCGACAAAAUUUCCCCCGCUGGAAAAAUUGGUCGUCGGAGGAUAUGAUUUUGAGGAAUCGCCUGAUGGAGGAAGUGGAUGGUAUGAGAAUUUGGAAACGCCCGAAAUCGAUUGGCGGACACGUCUCAAGUUUCCUUGGAAUAAACUGCCAAUGUGGUAUAUUGAUUGGAUGGGAGAGUCUCAUUUGAGUUCUACGUGGGGCGCUGUUCGUCAUAUACCGCUUGAGCGACUACCUUUUCCUGACGGGAUGUCGAAUUUGGAUGUGUGGUUAAAAGUUAUGGAUUGGUCCAAAUUGAAGACUUUGCAUAUGAAAUUUCCUAGUCCGGUCGCGAUCCAGGAAUUGGGGAUCGCGGGUGCGUUAACUGCAUUGAAAGAGCUGAAAGUCGACGGAAUGCAAAGUCCAUGGGAAUAUGACGUAAAAUCGGAAUGGGAAACAGUAGUGGAUUUUCUGGAGGAUAUAGCGAGUAACGGGACAAGUCUUACAUCUCUUUUGAUCCGUGAUAUUCCAUUCCCGAAGAUGAUGAACUGCAACAAUGCGACAACUGAAUAUAAAGCUACGGAGAAAUUGCUGGGUGCCUUAUUACGACAUACGAAUCUCACAAAGCUUCACUUGUACGAUGGGAUACAAUUUCCCUCUUGGGGAUCAGGCUCACAACUACCAAAGCAGAUCCCCAGACUGGCUUCUGUUCUUACUUUGCCAUUAAUUGAAGAUCUCGCGAUUGAGAUGCCGUCACUCUCCGGUUCCAAUUUCUCAAACUCCGAGAAUACUAAUUUGAAGAUCGAUGGAAUUGAUCCGGAAAUUUCAGAUGAAGAGAUGUAUAAAGCUUUCGCUCCUUUUACUCAACUACCUCGGUUGAAGAGCGUGGAAUUCCAUGUUCCAGCACCUGAAUGCUGGAGGCAUCAAAUAAAACUUGUUGCAAGAUCAGGGACUUACGAAAGAUCAGGAGUAGAGAUGAGGGUAGUAAAUUAUAGUGAGUCAGGGAACAAAGCGGAUGUGUUGGAAGUAGAAAGAUGUGAGAGGGAAGAAGAAGAGUUGGAGAAGAGGACGAGGAGAUUGUUUGAGUGGAUGAAUGGGGAAAGAGAAAGGGUCGGGGAAAAUGCGAUUAAUAGGUUGAGAGUUGUGGUGGGGAUGGAGGUGAGUGGAUGGAGGGAGGGAGUGGAGGUGGAGAUGUUGGGAAGGACAUCGGUCGGUUUUGAAUUCAGGGGGGAGACUGGGGUUUGGGAAUGUUUCAUCGAGGAGGGAGAAGCGGUACCAAAGUGUGAGGGAGGGAGGAAAUGGCGGGAUAAUGGAAUCUGGGGGUGA